CGGACGUUAUUCAUCAAGACGGCAGACACCCCGAACGAAAACGCCUUGAAGUUCCUCCCCUCAACGGCGAUUCUCCCGGAAAACAGAACGAUCGAGUUUUUACUGGCGCGCGAGGCCCACCACUCACCGCUUGCUGUCCGACUCUUCACUAUUGACGGGGUAAAGUCGAUCAUGUUUGGCAGCGACUUCAUCACAGUGGAAAAGAACCCAGAGGACGCGUGGAUGGACGUUAAACCGGAGGUUUUCAGCUUGAUGACCGAGUUUUUGAGCAAUGGACAGCCAAUCAUGAAUGAGGGACAUGAUAGCGAGUCGCUUUCGCCGGAUAUCGACAUCAACGACUCGGAUUCGGACUUGGUGGCCAUGAUCAAGGAGUUGAUUUUCACCAGAAUCAAGCCCGCCUUACAAGACGAUGGUGGUGACAUUGAAUACGUCGACUUCAUUAACUCUGAAGAGCACGAGGAAGGUAUCAUCUUGUUGAAGUUGAAGGGUGCAUGCAGAUCAUGCGAGUCGUCCAGCGAAACUUUAAAGAAUGGGAUCGAAACCAUGUUGAAGCAUUAUAUUGAAGAGGUCAAGGAUGUGUUGCAGGUCAGUGAUGACUUCCAGAAG